AUGCCCUCCCUCCCAGCCAUCAUCCCCGGCCUCUGGCUCUCCUUCAACCUAGGCACGAAUCGGUCCGAUCUCGAGAGAGGCAUCCGCCGCCGGGAUUACCUCUACGAUGACGACGACGGCGACGAUCACGCCGACCCUCCGCCCAUUCGCGAAAAGACCUCUCCCACUGCUGGACCCACCGCAGACCGCACCCUCACCGCCUCGCCAACCCAGGACGAGACUGCCAAGACGCAGAAAAGCCGCAGAGCCAAGCGCAGCCAAACCGCAGGCUCUCGCAUCGACGCAUACACCCCCUCGUGGGUCGCCCGGCUCAAGGACUUCCUCUUCCCCUCGCUCACCGCGCAGGACGUCGAGACCUACGCGCCGUACUACCGCCUCUCGCCCAUCAUCUCGGGCGUGCUCAUCCCAUUCUCGAUCCUCCUCGAGAUCCCGGGCGUCACCGAGCGCUGGUACAUCACCACGGACGAUGGCCACAUCGUCGACACCAAGCCCAACCCUGCUAUUCUCGAUGUGGGGCUCGCGCUGAGCAUGGCGUGCGCGGUCGCUGCGAAUGUGACGCUUGUGUUUAGGUUUUUGGAGAAGAGGGUGAGGACGGCGACGAUCUUUUGUGUUAUAUUUCUGUCUACGCACGAUAUCAUCAACAUCAUCGCUGUCACCGUGUUCGGAGUGGAGCAUCGUUUCGACGAUGGGUACACGUAUGGCCAGUCCUUCUGGAUGACCGUCUGCUCAACAGCAGUGUCGACCCUCACCAACAUCUCCCUCAUCGCCGACCUCAUUCGGAUCAAGGACUUUGACAAGCAUGGAAGCGGCCUAACGCGCAAACAACGCUCCCUCGUCAUCCUGAACAUCGUCCUCUUCUCCUACCUCGCCCUCGGAUCCCUCAUCAUCGUCUUCCUCAUGGAGCUUUCCUUCGUCAACGCGCUCUUCUUCGCCGUCGUCUCCAUCGAGACCGUCGGCUUCGGCGACAUCACCCCACAGACAACCGGCGCACGCAUCUUCACGUGCCUAUACUCCGCCUUCGGAAUCAUCAACGUCGCAGUCGUCGUCGGGCUCUUCCGCGAGACCGUGCUCGAGGGGCUCGAGGUCGGCUACCAGCGGCGGCUGAACGGGCUCCGCGCGCGGCGCAGGCAGGGGCAGGUGCGCAAGCGCGCGCAGGCGCGGUGGCGGGAGGCGGUCGCGUGGAGGCUGCGGAACCAGGGAUCGCGCGUGUGGGUCAGGGACGAGCACGAGGGCAGGCCGCGCCGUGCGCCGGUGAUGCGCGUGCGCGAUCAGCUGGUGGCGUGGUGGUAUGCGCUCCCGAAUGUGCGCGAUGCGGACGGGGCGAAUCAUGCGAAUGGGCGGAGGCUGAAUCUGGAGGCGCUGGAGCAGAGUAAGCUCGAAGGGGCGGCGAUGGAGGCGGGUAUGCCGCUUGAUAUGUUGCUCCCGCCCGAGUUUUACGAGCGCCAGCGAGAGAAGGAGCGGGAGCAGGAGCGCGUGCGGGAGCUCGAAGGGGAGACGCAGAGUGUAGCGGGCAUGCUCGACGGCGGAGGCGACAACGCGCUUCAUGCUACGGAAACGCCCAACGGCCACGACCACGCACAGAACCCGACAUGGAACAUGCUCAACCCCGCGUACCAGCAGAACGCGCGACAGGCGCCCGUCUCGCUCACGGGCCGUCGCAUCGGCACGAUGGCGGGCAUGCUCACGCGCCUUGGGCUUGCCGUGUUCGAGAUGGGCGGGCCUGUACACGAUGGGGCCGCCGGCGACGAGUUGCGCGAGGUGGAGGGGGAUGACGAAGAAGGCGGGGACGCGAGCGCGCCGGAUCCGAGCGAAGAUUUGUUUGGUGGUGCGACGAGCGACAGUGCGAGUACGGACGAUCUAGGCGCGGAGUACCAUCGCGUGGUGAUCGAGACGGAGACGAAGGCGUUUUAUACGCGGUCGACGGUCGCUUGGACAGUGUUUAUCCUGUUUUGGACGGUUGGGAGCGCGAUUUUUAUGGCGACAGAGGGGUGGUCUUAUGGGAUUUCCUUUUAUUUCUGUUUUAUUGCUUUCACGACGAUCGGCUAUGGCGACUAUGCGCCAACAACUACCACAGGCCGGUCGAUUUUCAUCGUCUGGGCUAUGCUUGGUAUCGGCACGAUGACGAUCCUCAUCUCCAUCGUAUCAGACGCCUACUCCUCGCAAUACAAACACAUGCUCAAAAGCCGUGCAUUCGACAAAGCCGUCUCGCGAUACCGCAAGCGCACCAAAGAAGACUUUGACGAGCGCGUGCAGGAGCUCACAGCAGCGCGCGUCGCGCCCUCCAUCCGCUUCCACCCGCACACGAGCGACCCGACCCUGCUGAGAGCGCGCGCGAGUGCACAAGCGAUCGGCCAGGAUUCCUCCUCUACCACCGUCGACAGCGCCUCGGAGGUGUCCUCUGCGACCGCCACUGCGACCGCUUCUCCGAGCCCUUCGGGGUCGGGAUCAGGCUCAGCGUCGGUGUCGAUACCAGGCUCGCUGAACGAGGCCGAGGAGCAGACGUACGCCGACUCGAUGGAGCGCCUGCGCCACACGCAGGGGCCCAUCGCGCCCUUCUCGGCGUCGCUCGCGCCCGCGCACGAGCGCGCGUUGGAGCAUGCGCAGCGCGCGCUGGAGGCGCUGCCGCAUGCUGUGCUGGCUGAGGCGCGUGCGUUCCAGAAGUACGUGCGGUAUGUGGGCGACGGCGGGGAAGGCUCGGAGGACGUGGCGCCGGGGGCGGUUGAGCGGGACGAGGGCGUGGAGGAGCGGUUGAGGGUGAUGUUGGAUGAGGUGAUGGGUGAUGCGCAGGGACAGAGGAGUAAGGGCGGGUUCGGCGGUGCGAGGACGAAGGCGGAUAUUUUGAGGGAUCCGGAGGCGAGGAAGACGUUAUUCACGUUGAGUGUGGAACGCUCGCUCAAAGAGCUCAUGAACAUCGCCGAACACGCUGUCGCUGCGCUCAGUGAGCGCGACCGGCUCACGGGCAUGAUUGAGCAUGAGAGGCAGUUGACGCAGGAGGGAGAGCACAGUCCGCGCCGCACCGCAUCUCGCUCUGGCUCUGGGCCUGCCGCUGGUUCUGGCGUUGCCACUGACGGCCUCCGUACGGAUGAAAACCUGGACUCGAAAACAACUAACAAUUACACCUCGAACGCAGACCCAAGUCCGAGUUCCUGA